CUCGUUAUAAUCAUACUUUUGUUUAAUUAAAAAAACAAAAACAAAUAAUUUCUAGUACAUCUUAUAUUACAUACUAUAGUUUGAUGAUAAAAAUAAAAUUCAAAUGACGAUUAUCAUGUCGAAAAGACAAAUAAUAAUUGUCUUACUGACCUACCUGCCUGCCUCUAUAUAUAUACUAGUCUUUGGUCGCCUUUACUAUAACCAAACAUCGAGCUUGCCUUAGAGUUUGUCUCAAGCUUCUCCUUUUUUGGUAUUUUGUCUUAAGCUUCCUUGCUUCUCUUUCUUCUUCUUCUCUACUCUUUCUCUCUAUUUCAAACCUUCGUUUUCUUUCCUUUUUUGUAUAAAAUCUUAAAAUCAACCAAGACAAUGGAAAUGAAAUUGCUCUUUACAUCGGCUUUCACCCAAAUGUUCGGCUACUCGAACCAUAUGGAUCAAGCCAGCAACUGCCAAAGCACCCGCAACAAAAUUAUAAAGAUGAUGAAGAAAGAAGAAUUCCCAAGUGGAUUCCAAGUCCCUCUUCACUACCCUAAAUACUCCAAGUCUGAUUACGAAGUUAUGGAUGAUCUCCGCCUUGACUUGCUCCUCAAACAAUAUGGAUUCUCCUUUGAAGGAUCUCUUGAAGACAAGAGGGUUUUUGCAAUUGAAUCAUUUCUCUGGCCUGAUCAGCUUUAGAUGGUCUAUGUUGGUGUUGAAUGAUCUUAUAUCGCUCUCCACAUGCAUAUCAAUGAGCCUAUACUCGAGUGGUUGAAUGUUUUUAAAAUUAUGUCAAAUUACCAUGUAUAUCAAUCACUUAGUAAUGUUUUAGAACUAUGUCAAAUACUAGUGUGUGUUAUAUUUCUUUGUGUGUGGGGAUGUUUUGAAGUAUGCAAUUCUUCACAUAUAUAUGUAUCAUAUGAGUGCAUUAAUAACAUCUUUGAUGUCAUGUAUAACACUAAAAAAAUGUGAUUUAUCGACUUAUAAAAAUCUUAACAUAUUGACAUU